CUUAAUCUGUGUUUCAGAAAGCCAUUUUUUAAAACAUGAUUAACUAUUCUAGAUUAAGGCCUACUCCUGUCUUAAUUUAAUCUUGGUCCGGGAAACCACCCCUAUAUGUGUUUUUGUUACCAUGAGUUUCCAGGAGGUGUCAGCAAUACACUACAGCGUUUUCGAGUUUGCCAUACAAAUACAAAAGAACAAGAACACGACGAGCAGAAGAAAGAGGAGAGUUGAGUGCUGAAAUCUGACACAUACUAUGGUAAAUUUUGAGUUUAUUAAAAAGAAGAUUGAUGAUAUGAGUGAUCCAGAAUAACACAUUAAGAUACUGAAGAACAAACAGAUACAAACUCCAGGUGCAGCUGAAAUCUGUGCCAUACUAUGGUAAAGAUGGAGUUUGUUAAAGAGGAGAUUGACGAUAUGAGUUAUCCAGAACCAUCCAGAAUAAAACAUGAAGAUACCAAGGAAGAAACAGACUGGAUAGAAGUAAAACAGCAAAGUCCUGAGGUGAAUAAAGUGGAGGAGGAACACUGUGAAAUCAAAGGCAAACAGCUGUUCAUCUGCCCACAGUGUGGAAAGAGUUUCAGAGACCGAGGAAACCUUAAAAGACACAUGAGAAUCCACACUGGAGAGAAACCGUACACAUGCCUUCAGUGUGGAAAGAGUUUUUCUGAUGUGUCAAGUCUCCGUAAACACUUGCUCAUUCACUCUGGAGAAAAGGCAUUUAGCUGUGAUCAGUGUGGUAAAGAUUUUAUUUCGUCAUCAAAUCUAAAAAAGCAUCUGAAAGUUCAUUCAGAUGGUAAGCCUUACUUGUGUUCUUUGUGCGGAAAAAGUUUUUCCACCCUGAACAACUGUAAACAGCACCAGAAAACACAUAAUGAAGUCAGAGAUCAUGUGUGCUUUGAGUGCGGGAAGAGCUUUACUAGAUCUGUCCAUCUGAAACAGCACCAAAGGAUUCACACUGGAGAAAAACCUUACAAGUGCUCAUAUUGUGACAAGAGUUUCAGUUUGUCUGGAAACCUGACAGUACAUGAGCGACUUCAUACUGGAGAGAAGCCGUACCACUGUACUCAGUGUGGAAAGAGUUUCAAACAUGUAAUAAGUCUCAAUUACCAUUUGCUCUGUCACUCUGGUGAAACGCCAUUUAUCUGUAUUGAAUGUGGUAAGAAGUUUAUAUCAUUAUCACAUCUAAAAAUACACCUGACAGUUCAUGAGAAGCCUCACUUGUGUUCUUUUUGCGGAGAGAGUUUCAAAAGCCUGGACAGGUGUAAACGGCACCAGAAAACACAUAAUGAAGUAAGAGAUCAUGUGUGUUGUGAGUGUGGGAAGAGCUUUCCUACUGCUAGUCAACUAAAACGGCACCAAAUAAUUCACACUGGGGAAAGACCUUACAAGUGCUCAUUUUGUGAGAAGACUUUCAUUCGGUCUGAACACCUGAAAGUACACGAGCGAGUUCACACUGGAGUGAAACCGUAUCCCUGUACUCAGUGUGGAAAGAGAUUCACUCAGUCAUCAGCGUUAGUAACGCAUAUUAAAAAGCAUUGUUCUGUGUCAGAGUGAGCAAAUGUUUUCUACAGAUUUAAUAUUUCAAGUGAAUAUUGUGAUAAAGGGAUUCAUAUUAAGUAAAUAUGAGAUGGGCUCAAAUAAACUAGUUUUGCUGUGAAAUGCCACAAGAUUUGUGAAGGUGAUUUUUUUUCUGUUUUGUUGGAGAACAACAAAAAUAUUUGGUGACUUUAAUCUUAAACUGAUCGUUUUUAUUCUUUGGAUUCCUGCUCAUUAAGACAUUGAUAAAGAAACACCCGAUUUAAAUUGGAAAAAUAUAUAACAAAACCCAACAACCAGUCAUUUGUCAGUAUACAAAACAUUUCCUUUAAUGAGUUUCAUGUUAAUUACAACAUGUUAUCUAAGAUGUUUAUAAUUGAAAUAUUGCUAUAUAUACAACAUAGAAUUUGAGUAGGCUCUGUAUAAUGAUGCAAA